AUGGGCAUGGGUAAAAGCCCCUCAUGCACAGCAGGAGAACUGUUGCAUUCUGAACCGGACCGGACCGGCCUGAGGUUUCGGGUGAACAUGGUGAGGGGGCUACUUGUCCUGCUCGUCCUGGUGGGGGGAGGCGCGGGACAGAAGCCGAGCGGGGGCUACUGCAUCGGGACUGGAUGUUUCUCUUUGUUCCGGGAACCGACUGAUUUCAGAACCGCGCAGAGGCUCUGCAGAGACCGGGGGGGUCACUUGAUGACGGUGCGCUCCUCCGUGUCCAACGACGUCCUGUCCGUCCUGCUGGGGAGCCUCACCGGGGGCUUCUGGAUCGGGCUGCACCGGCUGGGGGGCUGUCCCGACCCCGCGGGGGGACUGCGGGGCUUCCAGUGGGUCACCGAGGACUCUGAGAGCGACAUCACCAACUUUGUUCCGAGCUUCAACAGCAGCUGCUCCGCGCACGGCUGCGUGUCCGUGAACAGAGAGGACAGCUUCAGAUGGAGACAGAGUGCGUGUGCGCGGCCCGCCGCGGGCUUCCUGUGCGAGCACAGCUUCACUGAGCCGUGCCGGGCCCUGCCGGCCGAACCGGGCCGCUCAGUCCUGUACAUGACUCCCUACGGGUUCGGGGUGGAGGACGUGCACGCGGUGCCGCCUGGAAGCACCGUGACGCGCGGACCGUCUGGCACUAAACACAUCUGCAUCUCUGCGCAGUGGGUGCACGCGCCCUGGAGCUGCCAGAUCCAACAGGGCGGGUGCGAGUACAGGUGCACGGAGGGUCCCGGGGGUGGGGCCGUCUGCUCCUGCCCCCCGGGACAGACCGUGGACCCAGCCAACCGAGUGUCCUGCACCGCGCCGGGCCCGUGCGCGGCGCGGCGCUGCCAGCAGACCUGCUCCACUGCCGCGGACGGGUCCGCGAUGUGCGGCUGCGCGCACGGCCUGACGCUGGCCGGGGACGGCCGCUCGUGCGUGGACGUGACGGAGUGCGCAGACGCGCGGCAGUGUCGCGGAGAGAACUUCAGGUGCGUUAACACGCAGGCCGGCUUCGCGUGCGUGUGCGCUGCGGGGUUCAAGAAGAGGGGGGACCGGUGCGUGGACGUGGACGAGUGCGUGUCCGCCCCCUGCGAGCACAUGUGCGUCAACACGCAGGGCAGCUACAUGUGCGCGUGUUAUGAUGGGUACCGAGCGGACGACGAGGCGCCCGACAAGUGCAGACUGUUCUGCGGGGGGGCGGAGUGUCCCGCCACGUGCGACCCCAACGACCCACGCCAGUGUUUCUGUCCCGAGGGCUUCGUCUCUGAGGAGAGGCCGGAGGGGGUGUUCUGUCUGGAGAUAGAUGAGUGCAACUACGACUACUGCGACCACACGUGCGUCAACACGCCCGGCAGCUACGUGUGCUCGUGCCACCCGGGGUUCAAACUGCUGGACCAGUACAGGUGCGUGGAGAGCGAGGAGGACCUCGAGGGCUCUCGGGUGGCCCCCACCUCCAGUGUCCCUUGGUCCUCAUCAGUCCCGUCCCCAGAGCCCACUCGGAGACCCUCAGCGGUGACCCUGCCGGGGCUGGUGGGGGUCAUUGUGUGCACGGUGUUGCUGCUCGUGCUGCUGGUUUUUGGAGUUCAUGUUGGACUCGGACACAGAGAGAGGAGAAGGAGGAAGAGCAGCACCGCAGAGGACGAGACGCACGAUUUACAGACGGCCACGAGCCUCAGGAAAUAA